UUAAAAAUAUGCAUUAAUUAACUUGUAUUUAAGAUCUAUAAAGUUACGCGUGAUGCUAAUACACACACUGAAGUCAAAAUGGACUAAUCCAAGCGUUGCGUUGUUCUGACGCAAGGUCAAUCACCGUGACGCCUGAAUACCGUGUUUAUUCAUUGGAUUGAACAUAUGUACGACAUUGUUUUGGUCUAUAUUUAGAUCUGUAUUUGUAUCAGUUUGUUUAGACUUUGAGCUGCCAGUCUAGAAAAAAACAACUAGAACUAGACUAGAUCUAGAAUGAAUUCAGAUUCCAGCUGUAGUUCAAGUGGAUUCAAUUUUCAUCCCAAAUAUAUGGCCAGUGGAAAAGAAGCAAUGACAGACCCAGCUAUGUACCAUAGACAUACAGAUCUACACGAUUCCUCCAACUACUGCACUCCCAUGGAAAGCCUUACAGCAACUCCUCAACAUAACUUGCCAGAUGUGCAUCAGUUCACAGCACAAGCAUCUGGUAUGCAGGACAUGCAGGGGUGGCCUAAGCCUAUGGCUUGGCCUUUAGAAGCAGAAUUUCCUGGAUUUGCUUUAACCAAAACUCUAAGCACGCUGACUGCAACUCAACCUCAACGACCCCGAGGUGAGAAAAAACCGAUACCAGAGGACCAAAAAGAUGAAAAAUAUUUUGAGCGCCGCCGUAGAAACAAUGAUGCAGCAAGAAGAUCAAGAGAUUCAAGGAAACAAAGGGAGGACACUCUGGCCACUCGUGCCAGCUAUCUAGAAACAACAAAUAAUGUUUUGAGAGCUAGGAUUAUGGCAGUUCAGGAGGAAAUUGGUCAUUUGAAAUCAAGGUGGGUGCAGAAGAGUCAAGAACAAGUUGUGGUCAACAGCCAGCUUCAACAAGUUGUGGUCAACAGCCAGAUUCAACAAGUUGUGGUCAACAGCCAGCUUCAACAAGUUGUGGUCAACAGUCAGCUUCAACAAGAUGUGUCCCAGAAUUAUGGGAACGGACCAACUCCAAUGCUGAAUGCAAAUCAAAUGCACACGUUACAUAUUGGAAGCAGCAAUAGAUAAAAUAUGUUUUAAAUGAACUCACAUUCUAUUAGAAUGUUUUGUAUAUUUUAAUUAAAUACUUAUAAAUAAAACAAAGAUUCUGUAAAAAGAUUCAUUCCAGUUUCAAUGAUGUAUUUAAGUCUGAAUCAGAGCUGAGUUAUACACCGGGGCCAGAUUUUAGCAAGUGAAAGUCCUGGGCAGGAUUUUGUGGAGGCACCUUCCCUCUUCAAGUUUCUAUAUAAAUUAAAUGCUCUUAAUAAUAUUAAUUUAAAUUAUAAAUUAUAUUUUUGAAAUGUGGAGGUGCCCUUUAAAAGUGAUGUGUUGAGUGCACAGUUUAGCACUGGGGUCAAUCCAGCCCUGCCUGCUACACACUUCAAUACAAAGAUUAUUGAUAGAAACUACAGCACUCAAGAGGCUAAAAUGUAUUUCCGUUCACUCAGUAUUAUAUUAUUUAUAAUGGUUGAAAAUUUGUUGCAUACUGAUUUUUUUUCUCAAAGUUGUCAAACUACUCACUGUCACUUUGCGUCUCAUUUAGUAGAUUGUUAUAAUUAUUAUUAUUUAUCCAUAUUGUGUUUGUUUAAAAAUAGUAUUUAUUGUUUUGUUUUAUUGUUUGUUUGUUUUCUUUACAUUUUCUUAUGCCACCAGCACAAGCAUACCCUUAGAACUCAAUUUCAUUUUGUAAUUUUAAAUCUGUCAUUUGAUGCACUAACUGGGGAGUCUAUUAUUUUAAACAAAUCUUGAAAGGUGGUCACAAACUAAUGUAACCUAAUGUCAAAAGUUUAUGCAAUGAAACAAGAAAUAAUUUUACUGACUUUAUUUUCCAGACCUAAUUGAUAAUCUUCUCAUUGAUCAUUAUAGACAGACUUUUGUAGACUCAUUUUAGUGACUGUGAUUCUAAUGAUUUGAAGUCACACUGGUGCUGGGUGUCAAUCCCUCUGUCCAUGCCUAGAUAGUAUUGAUUGGGCAUUAAUACUUAAAACCUGAAUAUCCUUAGCAAAAUGUUAAAUUUAUGUAUGUGUGUACCAAACAAGCCUCAUUAUGAAGAUUAUGAUUUAUUUGAAAAAUUCAUUAGCAUCUUCUUGAUACAAAGUGUAGAGGUAGAUAACUGCUUUCUAUCAUCGGUGAGAUGUAUGACUUCCUUCCCUUGAAAUCAUUGCUGAAAUAAAAUAUUAUAUUAAACUUUUAAUGAAGAAGAUAUCUAGAGCACUGGUAAAAUGUGGACUACAUUCUAGCACUAAGUGUAAAUAUGAGAAAAACGUGAAUAAAAUUGUGAAUUUAUCAGUCAUGAGGUUGAAAUAGGAAGUUACAGGCACAAAUAAUUAUCGGAAACUGUUUAUAAAGAAUGGGAUAUGUAUGAUUAAAAGUUCGAAUUAUACUAUGCAUGAGUGAACAUUUUAUGUUAUGAGAUGUUAGUAAAUACCGUACUGAAAUUUUAGACUG